AUGAAGACCUUCACUCCUUUGUCUCUCCUCACCGUGGCCCUGGCUGGUCUCGGUGACGCCGCUGCUGUUUCCACCAACACCUUGACCCGUCGCUCCGACUUUUGCGAUCAAUGGGGUUCCGUCACCAAGGGCAACUACAUCGUCUACAACAACCUCUGGGGUCAGAGUGCCGAUCCCUCGGGCCAUCAGUGCACCGGCGUCGACUCCCUCAACGGCAACACCAUCGCCUGGCACACCUCUUUCGGCUGGACCGGUGCCAAAUACUCGGUCAAGAGCUUUGCCAACAUUGCGCUCAAGUUUACCGCCAAAACUUUGAAGGAUGUCAAGAGCAUCAACUCGACCUGGAAAUGGAGCUACUCCAACACCAACAUCGUAGCCGACGUCUCGUACGACAUGUUCCUCAAAUCCAACCCCUCCGCCAGCUCCAGUGAAUACGAGAUCAUGGUCUGGCUGGCGGCUCUGGACGGUGCCGGUCCCAUCUCCUCCACGGGCGCCCCUAUCGCCACCACCACCAUCAACGGUGUCACGUGGAAACUGUACAAGGGUCCCAAUGGCUCCAUGACGGUGUACAGCUUCGUUGCCGAGUCCACUGUCACCGAUUUCUCGGGGGAUCUGAAAAAGUUCUUCACCUAUCUGAUUGAUCAGCAGGGUCUGAACUCGAACCUGUAUCUGGUUGAUGUUCAGGCGGGGACUGAGCCAUUUACCGGUAGUGCCAAGUUGACCACCACUGCUUACUCGGCUGUUGUCGCAUAA